UGACAUAAAAGAGUCCGCUUUACGAAGGCAACGCUCUGCCUCCAUAGCUUAUAGUAAGCCACACGUAUUCUUUGAUCAAUUGCCACCGCUUUCCUCCUCGAUUUCUCUUCCAAAGGAGAAACGAAGCAAUUCUACCCAAAAAAAAUUAGAGGUCCAGAACUAUGGCGGGCGCCGCCACAGCCUACUCCGGCAUCUGGAAGCUCUACAAACCUCACUUGAAACACUUUAACGUCAUCAACAUCACUCUCGUCGCCUUUCUUUGCUCCAUAUCCUACCUCCUCGGCGUUUGGCAGCGCAGCGGCGCCACAACCGCCGCCACUACCACCACCUCCCUCAUGGCCGCUGUCCCCUGCAACGGCGUUGACGUUAACUUCCCCAUCUCCUUAUCUUCCGAAACACAAACCCAGCUCGACUUCGCCGCCCACCAUACGGCUGACGACUUCGCCGCGCUAUCGCCGGCGACCCGCCAUUUCCGGGCCUGCGCUGCUGAGCUUUCGGAGUACACUCCGUGUGAGGACGUACAUCGUUCGCUCAAGUUCGAGCGCGACCGCCUCAUCUACCGCGAGCGUCACUGCCCUGAUAAAUCCGAGCUGCUCAAGUGCUUGGUUCCUGCACCGCCUGGUUAUCGGACCCCCUUCCCGUGGCCGGCGAGCCGAGAACUCGCAUGGUUCGCCAACGUGCCACAUAAGGAGCUCGCUGUUGAGAAGGCAGUACAGAACUGGAUCCGAGUUGAAGGCGACAAAUUCCGAUUUCCCGGCGGCGGCACCAUGUUUCCCAAUGGAGCCGACGCCUACAUCGAUGAUAUCGACCACCUUAUAUCUCUCAGCGAUGGUUCCAUCCGCACUGCGAUCGAUACUGGCUGUGGCGUGGCGAGCUGGGGAGCUUUCCUUCUCUCCCGGAACAUCCUAGCCAUGUCCUUUGCUCCGCGGGACUCGCACGAGGCGCAGGUUCAGUUCGCUCUCGAGCGCGGCGUGCCGGCGAUGAUCGGCGUCAUGGCUUCCAAUCGCCUCCCCUACCCCUCCCGGGCUUUCGACAUGGCGCACUGCUCCCGCUGCCUCAUCCCCUGGCAUCAAUAUGACGGACUCUACCUGAUCGAAAUCGACAGAAUUCUCCGGCCUGGCGGGUACUGGAUCCUCUCCGGCCCGCCAAUCAACUGGAAGCGACACUGGAAAGGGUGGGAGAGAACGCAAGAAGACCUGAACGCAGAGCAGAACUCCAUUGAAUCUGUGGCACGAAGCCUAUGCUGGAAGAAGAUAAAGGAGAAGGGCGAUAUCGCUAUCUGGCAAAAGCCCACCAACCACAUUCACUGCAAGAUCAACCGCAAGGUCAUCAAAUUCCCACCUUUUUGCUCCACCCCCAACCCAGAUUCCGCCUGGUACACCAAGAUGGAACCUUGCAUCACCCCCCUCCCGGACGUCGCCAACAUCAAAGACAUCGCCGGCGGCGAGCUCAAAAAAUUGCCUGAGCGGCUCAUAGCUGUGCCGCCGAGGAUCGAAAGCGGCAGCAUCGAUGGAAUCACAGCCUAUAUCUUCCAGCAGGAUGCGGAGCUGUGGAAGAAGAGAGUGGACUAUUACAGGAGUUUGAUUCCCCAGCUUAGGGAACAAGGAAGAUAUCACAACCUUCUUGACAUGAAUGCGAAGCUCGGCGGCUUCGCAGCUGCACUUGCGGACGAACCGCUAUGGGUGAUGAAUGCCGUUCCGACGGCCACAAACACCAGCACCCUCGGCGUCGUCUACGAGCGUGGAUUGAUCGGAACGUACCAAGACUGGUGCGAGGCAAUGUCAACAUAUCCAAGGACCUAUGAUAUACUCCAUGCCGAUUCCUUGUUUUCACUCUAUAAAGAUAGGUGUGACAUUGAGGAUAUCCUUCUUGAGAUGGAUAGAAUUCUGAGGCCAGAGGGGACAGUGAUUAUUAGAGACGAUGUGGAUGUUGUGAUUAAGAUAAAGAGCUUCACAGAUGGCAUGAGAUGGGAGAGUCAGGUGGUGGACCAUGAGGAUGGCCCUCUUCAAACGGAGAAACUUCUCUUGGCAGUGAAGACCUACUGGACUGCCGAUGACAUUAGCCAAAAGGAAUCCGGUGAUAUUUCGUAGCCGAGGAGGCGAGGACAAGGAAAGGUUUUGCUGAUUAUUUUUUCCUCUUGUUCAUAUGGGGCUUCUAUUUGAUUUCAUAAGUUCAUUUUUAUAUUGGUGGAAUUCUUUAUUUUCUUCUCAACUGCAACGGCAAGUUGAAGAUUGGACGGUUGUGUAGUAAAUUCUUCGUUUGAAUUUUCAAAGUGUGACUACAUAUUAUAAAUGCUGUAAUGGAUGAGGUGAAAAGAAUCCUCUCUACAGACUACAAUAUUGACGAGUAUGACAAGGAAAUCUUAUCAUCAUCGUCAUUGUCAUCAUUAGUUUUAUCUCUUUAUUUGGAGUAGCUUAUUUUUCAUUGAAUUAUUCUUCGCAAGAAGACAUGUAUCUGAUGAAUGCCCACUCUUCCUCUAAUUAAUGAUGAUGCAUAAAUUUUAAUGUA